GCCUGCCAACUUUGGCCGUUCUCAUCAGUCUAUUCUGGUACAGACGCAGGAGGCCGUCACUGAAGAGUGACCCCGGGGGGACCGCAGCGGAGCAGGCGUCCAUAGGUGACCACCCAUCCAUCAGCCGUACCGCCGGCCAGUUGCUGAAUGCCAUUGAGAAGGCGCGACGCGAUCUGGAGACGUCGCAGCCGAUAGCUGAGGUCGAAGAGGUUAGGUCAGUCGAACUGUCCGCCAAGGAGAUAUCUGUGAAACAAACAUCUAAAGUUGUUGAAAAUCAACAGAUUCCCGAGAAGAUAUCUGUUAAGAAAAUCGCUUGUGAAAAGCCUGUUAAAAAUCAACAAAUAACGGAGGAGAUAUCUGUAAAACAAACAUCUAAAGUUGUAAAAAAUCAACAGAUUACCGAGGAGAUAUCUGUUGAUCAGAUCGUUUGUGAAAAAUCCAAGCUUGUUGAAAAUCACCCCAAUAACGAGAAGGUAUCUGUAGAACAAAUCGCUUGUAAAACAUCUGAUAAAGUUGUUGAUAAUCAACCCAUUAUUGAGAAGAUAUCUGUGGAACAAAUAGUUUGUAAAAAAUCUGAUAAAGUUGUAAAAAAACAACAGAUUCCCAAGGAAAUAUCUGUAAAUCAGAUCGCUUGUGAAGAAUCUAAAACUGUUGCAAGUCAACAAACCAUUACUGGAGCAAAUACAUCCACUACAAAUCAAAAACAAAUCAUCAAAAGUGUAGCAGAAAGAUCAAGUGACGAGGUGCGUCAAGACAAUAAUUGUAAUACAGAUAGAAUCUGUGAGAGGAAGAAGGGAAAGGUUGUGGAGAGUGCAUCAGUAAAGGAGGGGAAGAUUGCGGAAAGUGCAUCAGUAGUGAAGGAGAAGAAAAUUGAGGAAAGUGACAAGUCUGCUGUCAAAGACAGUGUUGAAAAUUGUGUGAAGGUGUCUAAGAAACCAGUUGAGGAGGUGCAAGUCCAAAAGCAGGAAGUUGUUGCGUUGAAAAAGGACAGAGAACAGCCGAAAAUGGCGCUGGACAUCAAGGAGCAACAGAGACAACAGGAUGAGCUGAGUGUGGAUCGGAAGAUGGAACUGUCAAACGAGUCACAUGACGAUGGGGAGAGAGAUUCGGCCAAUCACAGCCCUGCCGAAAUUAUGCUCGAAAGUCCGGCACUCAGCAAUUUCUCCGAUGCUCACAGUGAGGGUUCGAGCGACAGCGGCAAAGGCUGCAGUGACGUGGCAACACCGCCGGCCGGAGGCAGUUCAGUGUCGGAGGAGGCGGAAGCAGCGGAGGCGGCAGAGGCGGAAGCGGAAGAGGCGGGAAGUGACGCGGGGGCGGAAGCGUUUGGCGUGUACGAGUUCAUCAUUCCCCAGCACCUGGUUGGUCGCCUCAUAGGAAGGCAUGGCGCUUUCCUGCAGGAGAUUCGCGGCACCACACACACCAACCUCUUCAUCAAACGCCACCCGGACACUAACAAGCUCAAGAUUUGUGCUGUCGAAGGCGCACAAGCAGACAUUGACGCGGCACUGUCGAUGAUCAGACACAAGUUCCCACUGCGCCGCUACCCAACUCUCACCCUCGAGAAGGUGACAUUUGUACAGGUUGCACCCACCUGCGAGCUCGCUCCAGAACAGUUCCGUUUGCAAUUGGUUGAAGGCGUGAACAACGACGUGAUUCUAUCCAGCCUGGUGUCAGCCGGUCACAUGUUUUUGCAACAGCCAACACAUCCCUCGUUCCAGCAGUUGGCUGCCCUGAAUCAGGUCAUGAACGCCAACUACUGCUACAACGACUCGCCUUCACUCGAGGAACCUGUCAAAGACGGCGUAUGCGCGGCGCCUGCGCCGAUGGGCGGGUGGUUUAGGGCGCAGAUAGUGGCGGUGAACGACGAUGAGAAGACAGUGGAGCUGCGAUUCCUGGACUAUGGCGGCUACUUGUCCUGCGAGUACACCAUCCUCAAGAAGAUGCGCUACGACUUUCUGCUGCUGCCCUUCCAGGCGGUCGAGUGCUGUCUCGCCAACGUCACACCCACAGGUGGGCCAGGAGCCGUAUGGAGUGAAGAAGCAACACUCUUUGUACAAAAUCUAAUCUAUGGAAAGAUUCUGCAGGCACAGAUCUACGACUACACAGAGGAAGGCAUGCCACUCAUUUACCUUUACGUCACUUGUGGAAAUCAGGUGGUGCUAGUUAAUCAAGAACUGGUGGCGAACGGAUUCGCGGAGCCAGUCACGCCCCCCCAGGCGCAAGAAACACAACAACAACAAGAAACAAAAGUCAUAGAAGAAUAGAAACAGCCAAGCAACAUUGUCGGCAACACUACUUUUGUUGUCAACUUGUCGCCAAGAGUCGCCAACAUUGUUUUGUUGUUUUUCAAAGACUGAGGGAAAGACUGUGGCUGUUCCUUGAAAUGCACCUACUAACUAAACGAUGUUAUUUGCUACUUUUAUUUACAAAUAGGUAAUGAGCGGAAAUUUGUAAAUGUAGUGGAGGAGUCUGAACCCCGCAUUCUGUGAUAGUGUCUGUCAGUUUGUAAAUAAUGAUUGAUUAUUAUCGAUAUAUUUAUAUGAAAAAUGCAUCCAUCUGUCUUCUAUGAAAAGUCAUGUAUAACUUAGUUUUAACGAUUGUUACUUGAAUUAUUUUUAUGAAGUAGGUUUAGUAGAUAUUAUCGGAAGUAUGAGAUUGUUAUAAGUUAGUAUUCUUCUUGAAUCUUUUCGUUUUUAUCUUGUCUUCGUCAAACAGUACAUUUUGGCUGCUUUGUUUACAGUAGUUCAACAGCAUAAUAAUUUAUGGGGAUUUUCUAUUCGGUUUUUUCAAAUGUGUGUUUUGAAUAGGAAUAUUGUAAUAGAUGCAUAAUAAUCAUACUCUACAGAACUAGGCUAAUCUUUGUAUGUUGUAAUCCAACUAUAUAUGGUUUGAUAUUUAUAAUGUAAGGUACCAUUUUGCUUUUUCUCAGAUAUCUCUCCCUAAUAACUUAGUAGGUAGUUGUAUACUUACCAUGUUUAGCCAAUACAAUAUUAUUAUUGAUGAAAACUGAAGCUAUAACUUCUAAACAAAAGUCGGUUUGUUAAAAUAUAUUUUGGUUGUUGCGUUAUUCUAUUUUUCGAAUCUAUUCAAGUAAAAAACAUACACAAAAUGUAUUAAUAUUAUUACUUUGGUUGAUCAAUUUGCAGUUUUUCAUUGUUUUCUGGUGCGUCGUAUAAGUCUGUACAUGAUUAAGUGUAUAUGAAGUGUAAUAUUUUUGUGUAAUAACUUCUUUGUCGCAUCUGGUUGUAUAAUAGCAAAUAUAUAAUUUUUAUAAUAAACAUGUC